GAGAAAAGAAAGUGAAAGUGAGCGCGAGCUUCGGUUCGUUCUUGAGAUCACUAUGGAAUAAAGUGUCAGGAGGCUGAAUUUUACACGUUUCCAGAUGUUUGAGUUGAGAUGCAGCUGUUUGGGUCAGGUACAGAAAGAUCAGCAGUGUGAUGCAGAGAUCUACUUCCGGGAUGUGUUCCGGUAGCUGCAGUGUGUGUAAUACACCUGUACAUUCUCCACUUCAGUAGAACCUCAGAGUCAGGACAAGUGUGAGGGAGAUCUGGGAGAAGAUCACACGUUCUAAUGGAGCUCACACAGAUAAAACACCACAGAUAUUACAGAAUGGUCAUCAAACGGAGCAGUGCUCAUGCUGGAGCUGGACCCGGAGCAGUGCUCAUGUUGGAUCUGGAGCUGGAUCUGGAGCAGUGCUCAUGCUGGAGCUGGAUCUGGAGCACUGCUCAUGCUGGAGCUGGAGCUGGAUCUGGAGCAGUGCUCAUGCUGGAGCUGGAUCUGGAGCAGUGCUCAUGCUGGAGCUGGAGCUGGAGCUGGAUCUGGAGCAGUGCUCAGGGACAAUGUUCAUAAUUAAAAGCACUAUAGAAAUAAAACUGAACUGAUUAAUUAAAAAUCAUCUUCUGCACUACACGUCUGUUUCUAUAGGACGAGUGGUGUUCUUAUCUCCUGGUUUCCUCCACUUGACUCCACCUUUGCAGUGGUAUUGGAGUUGUCAUGUCUGCUCCACCAUGCAGUCCUGCACUGAUCACUGUGUCCUGCUCAUCUUCAUCGUCCUGGUCACCCCUGUACCUACACUGGCUUUUAUCACUGUAACAGUGAAGCUUCAUCAGUCUGCUAAACUCCCCUGUAAUUACACAUGUCCUGGUCUGGGCAAAUGGACCAUAUCUCAUAAUCGAGACAAUGUUCUGGCUCAGUGUGAUCAGACGUCAUGCAGCUCAGUGGAUGGAUAUAAAAUAUCCCAUGAUGAGUAUGUGAAGGGGGAUCUCUCUCUCACCAUCACUGCAGCUGAUUACACUCACAGGGGUUUAUAUACCUGUAACUGUAACAGCAUGGACGUUCGUGAUGUGCGUCUCAGCAUCGAGACUCUGAUGUCAUCAGUUGAGUUAAACCCUGGUGAGGAUCUGCUGAUGGAUUUACCUGUACCACAGUCACUGGAGGUGAUUUAUAAACCCAAAGAUUCAUCAGGUUUAUACGGUGAACAGAUCUGUACAGUGACUAAACACAUACUACAGUGUAAAGCUGAAUACACACCCAGAGCAUCACUCAGUUACCCCGAGCUCACACUGAGAGAUGUGAACAUCACCCACAGUGGCAUUUACACCAUCCGGGACGUGGAGUAUGAGGAAAAUAUUUAUAUAUACACACUGUAUGUAAUAGAGAUCCAGCGGAUUACUGACGGGCAGCCAGUAAACCAGCUGUUAGCAUGGCUUUUACCUGCUCUGACAUUGAUGAUGGGGGUAAUUAUAGGACUAGUGUGUUUUCUAAAGAUUAGAUCUAAGCUUUUGAAGUGUGUGAAGCUGCAGCAGGAGGAACAGGAGCGUUUGGAACAGGAGCGUUUACUGCAGCAGGAGGAACAGGAGAGAAUACUGAAGGAGAAACUCCUACAGGAGCGUAUGGUGAAUCAGCAAAUGGAAGAAGAGCAUGCAAUACAGCAGCAACAGCAGCAGGCCUACAUACAGCAUCUGUGGAUGUGCCUGGAGGAACGUAGAAACUCCAGUGCAGCAGGUAUGAGACAGAGGCGAGCCUACAGUGAGGCAGAUCUGAACCAAAUCAUCCUGCGUUAUCAAGAGCAAGAAAGAAACGAACAAAUUCCCGUGUUUAAAACUUCACGGAUAAGUAGUAGAACACGCAUGUCACAGCGAUCAUACAGUGAAGCAAAUGUUUCCCAGGUUGGAAGUAGACAUGCUUCAGCUGCUGAGUCACGUGACAGCCUGUACGGAUGGAGGGCACAAAUGGGAGACUGGGACUCCUCCACAGAGCAGGAUUACGCUGGAGCAGUCAUGCUGAAUCGCAGUUACAGCAGCGCCAAAUAUUCCCCAUAUUUACACGUGUCUGACUGCUACACUGAGGAAUAUUUUCAGUGGCAUACAGAUGAUGGUGUCACAGCCAGCCCAAACCAAAGUGAAGCCAUGGAUCCGUUCUCCUACAGUUCAUGGUUCUAGUGAUAUGAUGGGGUGAGAAAUGUUUUCCAGGUUACUGUUAGUCUUCAUAAUGCUGAAUGUAUUGUGCUAUUUCUUGUCUCUUUAUGGCUGAGGUCGUAAUUCCAGCAGGAUUUUAACAUGAACUCUCUGAGAAAUGCUGCUCACUGAAAGCACACUUAAAUACACCAACUCUUAUCUGUGUUGUGUGUGAAAAUCCCAGGAGAUCAGCAACUCAAAACCAACAGCCAUGCAAACCUGGUCCAUUUCACUGAAAUGUCCAGUGGUGGGGAACAAGAAAAGCCAUUUUCAGGUUGUUCUCCAACAGUGUCUGUGCAUUUGCUUGACUCCCACUGGGAAAUUGUUUUUAUAUAAUCUCAGUUUGUUAGGAAGUCAGAGCUCAGGAUCAGCUGUGAACUGGAGCAGAGGGUUGAUGGCUUCACCCCAAAACCCUCCAGGAGCAGCUUGGCAGUUCUGGGGCUUCCUCAGAAUCCCUCACUACAUAAUCAUGAAGCCUCCACUGCCUUUGAUAAAUAACAUUAAAAUAUUAAACACUAUAUUUUGGUUUACAGUCGAGAUCACAGUUUUCACUGCUGAUUUAUUUCAUGUAAAAGGAACAAUAUGCAGAAGUUCUACACUGAUACUUUACACUGGGUAAACUCUUACUGGAGCUCCUGGAUGUGAUCACCACAGAGGAGUGUAAUGAGUUUGUGUUAUAUGCAGGGAAGUGGGUUUUGGAGUGUGUAAGGGAUGUGGAUGGUGUUUAGAGAUGUUCUGAGUAAUUCAUGUUUUAGUGUUUUUGUUAUAUUUCUUGUUUAUCCUCAGAUUUCCAGUUAUUUCACAUUUCACUUGAGUUCAAGAGCAUUAAGUUUAAAAUGUAAAAAUGAGCAGUAUUGUAUAUGAGGUGUUUCAGUUUAAUUAGAAGUGUGGUGCAGAGUCUGAGUAAAGAGAAGAGUGAAGAACUACUGCACCUCUGGAAACACGGUGAAAUCCGUGAAACAGAUUGAUGAUGUUUUUAAGAAUGUAUUAGACUCUUUAUAUUGUGGGAGAGUGUGUACAGGAUUCAGAGCGUUCCUGCUGAACAAUCUUCUACUGAAACACCCUGAACACUGCUGUAGGAGAUGCACUUUAUUUAUCACCUACACUGCGUCAGAAUCCUAAAGCACUCUUUACACUCUUUACACUCUUUACACUGUUUACAGUUUACACUCUUUACACUCUUUACAGUUUGCACUCUUUACACUCUUUACACUCUUUACACUGUUUACAGUUUACACUCUUUACACUGUUUCCAUGGAGCUUUUUACAAGGACAAACGCUAUGAUUGUUAUCUUUUGGUACUUUAAUAUAAUAAUUUGGGUCGUUUGGGAAAUUAUUGUAACAGUCCAUACUACUGAUUUAUUUUUCUAUUUUUGUAUUUGUGUUUUAAAUCCUCCAUUACGUUUCCUGUGCAGAGAAAAUACUGUAUAUUAUAAAAAAAGAAAUCCUUAAUGUCAUCAUUUCAUUUGUAGAUUUAUUAAAGCGAAUGUGUUUGAA